AUGGCUCAUGUGGAUGAAGCAGCCCGCAGGUUGUCCAAAACUGGGACAAGUCUCUAUGCAGUGCUGGAGCUUAAGAAGGGUGCCUCACCUGAAGAGAUCAAAAAGGCCUACAGCCAUUCCCUAUCUCCUCCCUACCCUCCUUUUGGGUAUUGCCUGGGUAGGAGACUGGCCUUGCAGUAUCAUCCAGACAAGAAUCCAGGGAACCCUCAAGCAACAGAAGUCUUCAAAGAGAUCAACACAGCCCAUGCUAUACUAAGCGACCCUAAGAAGCGGAAAAUCUAUGACAAGCAUGGCUCAUUGGGAAUAUACCUGUAUGAUCACUAUGGGGAAGAAGGAGUCACAUACUAUUUUACACUGAAUAGUUGUUGGUUCAAGACACUUGUCCUCCUCUGUGCACUGCUCACUUGUUGUUGUUGUUGCUGCUGCUGCUGUUUUUGCUGUGGAGCCCUACAACCACCUUCUGAGGAGACGAGUAAGAGGAAAUAUCAAAAGAAUGUCCGUACUCAGCCUAGGAGAGCAGGUGCUGGCCCAAUUGAGGGUGCCCUCUGCUACCCAGUCCACUGGACAUUGAAGAGAGGAGCAAGUAGCCCUGUCCUGAUGUUGACCCCAAUUUGA